GAAGGUGGGGGAGUGGAGGUGCGGCGGUGCCGAUUUGCGGUGAAGAGGAAGAAGGAAGAGGACGAGGGAGGAGGGAGGAAUGGUGCAAUAGCGUCAGGAUAACCCAUCGCCGUCAUCGUCAUCCCGAUCCGAACCCCCUCUCCCCGAUCACGUAUAAAUCCCAGCUGCUUCGUCACCGCGCUGCUGCUGCUGCUUUAAUGCCCAAUUCCCGUCCCGUGGUGCGCGGGGCGCUGCUGCUGCUGCGACCCAGGGUGCAUUGGGUGCGAGGGAGUGAUUGCCGUCGUCGCGGUGUGAGUGAGUGAGCUUUGGACAACGGAAUUUGGGGCGUGGGAAGUAGUAGUGGGGUUGUUGCCGCGGAGGGAAAGAGGGAGGAAGGGAAUGAGCUGAUUCCGCCAUGGGGCGAUCGUUCAGGGUGGUGAUCCUCGGGGGCGGAACGGCGAGCGGAUACGCAGCGUCGGAGUUCGUGAAGCAUGGGUUGAAUCCCGGGGAUUUGUGUGUUAUCUCGCAAGAAAUGGUUGCACCAUAUGAGCGCCCUGCUUUGAGUAAGGGAUACUUGUUAGCCAAAGAACCUGCGCGGUUACCUGCUUUUCAUACGUGUGUGGGUGUGGGGGAGCAAUCGCAUCCUGCUAAAUGGUUUCAAGAAAAAGGGAUCGAGUUGGUUUUGGGAACUCGCGUUACACAAGCAAAUGUUAGAGAUAAAACUCUUUUGACUGCUGCGGGUGAAACCAUUUCGUACUCCAUCCUGAUUGUUGCAACGGGCGCUCGGGUUCUGAAGCUGGAUGAGUUUGGGGUCACGGGAGCAGAUGCAAAGAACGUUUGCUACCUUCGAGACAUCAAAGAUGCGACGUAUCUCGUGGAUGCGAUGGCAGAGUGUCGGGAGAAAGGCGGGAAGGCUGUUGUGAUUGGCGGUGGCUACAUUGGGAUGGAGUGUGCCGCAGCCCUCCACGGGAAUCGUAUUCCUGUGACCAUGGUGUUCCCGGAAGAUUACUGCAUGCCUCGCUUAUUUACACCAGAGAUUGCAAGAUAUUAUGAAGAUUACUACAUGAAGAAGGGUAUACAGUUUCGAAAAGGGAACGUCCUGUCUUCAUUUGAGUGCGACGAAUCGGACAAGGUGACUGCAGUCAUACUGAAAGACGGAAGUCGAAUAGACGCAGACAUUGUGGUUGUGGGCAUCGGUAUACGCCCCAACGUGGACCUUUUUGAAGGGCAGCUCAUGCUGGAGAAAGGGGGCAUCAAAGUGAAUGGCAAAAUGCAAAGUGUGAGCAAUGCGUCCGUGUAUGCAGUGGGAGACGUGGCGACCUUUCCCAUGCCGAUGUACAGCGAUGUGAGGAGGCUGGAGCAUGUGGAUCACGCUCGCAAGUCUGCAGCUCACGCUGUGCAGGCCAUCCUGAUGGGGAACAAAGUGGACAAUUACGACUACCUUCCUUACUUCUACUCCCGGGUCUUCACGCUGUCGUGGCAAUUCUACGGCGACAACGUGGGUGAUAGUGUGCUAUUCGGUGACCAAAUUGUAGGCAAGUUCGGGGCUUUCUGGGUGCACAAUGGGAGAUUGGUAGGGGCGUUUCUGGAGGGAGGGUCCAAGGUAGAGUAUGCGGCACUAGCCAAGGCAGCCAGAGAACGGCCACAUGUAAAGGAUAUUAGUAUGUUAAAGAAACAAGGUCUUGAUUUUGCACUGACGGUAGCGGAGCCUACUCCACAGAUGUCAUUGAUGAGUUCUAUCACCUCGUCCGAGAGCAACCUCUUGUUCACCCACCCUUCGACGUGGGCGCUUCAAGCAGGUGGUGGCUUAGCCCUAGGAUUGGCCGUUGUUGGGGUUAUAUACUGGUUUGGCAGCAGGAGAUCCAGAAAACUGUGAUUCAAAACAAAAACGUGGUGCCGCUAAUGCUUGAAUAUCUAUCUUUCUCUCCCCUUUUAAUUACUUUGUGUAUUUACUUUU